UUUGAAGCUAGAAGCGGGAGGAAGUGGCCGCUGCUGUGACGCCGUUUGUUGUUGACGUUUCUGGACGAAAGUAUACUAAAUAUCGCAGGAUGGACCUGACGACAUGUUUGAAGUCUCUGCUGUUGGCCAUACAGCAGUACAGAGGCAACAGGACGACAGAAAACGCAGCACAGCUACAGAAGCAAGUGGAGGAGGUUUCAGGCCUGAAGUGUGACCAACUGCUGUCAUCAGGUCAGGUUUUACCCAGUGAGUGUGUGAGUGGACUGGUGGAGCUGGCUGGAAGCCCAAACACUAACCCCACUCUGACUAGCUCCAUCAUCUCCCUGCUGGCACAGCUAGCCAGCGACGAUGACAGUUGCGAGGUGCUUCACAGCAGCUACAACCUCACCAGCACCCUGGCCUCUGUCGUCCACUGCCACAGCGCCACUCCAGGAGAGCCAGUAGUACUGCAGUGUUUGCAGGUGCUGCAGAAACUGACGUUGACGUACAACACCUGCAUCUUCCAGUCGACAAACUACGUCCAUGAGCUCGUGGCUUUCCUCAUGACCAACAUCCAGUCUCACAAUGAUGACAUCAUCAUACCCUGCCUCGGUCUCAUGGCCAACCUGUGUCGCGGCAACCACUGGGUGCAGAUGCACAUCAAGUCCCGGGACAAUGUGAAGCCGUUUUACCGCACACUGAUCAACUUCCUGGCCCACAACAGUCUGACCGUGGUGGUCUUCACGUUAUCCAUACUGUCCAGCCUCACGCUGAACGAGAAGGUCGGAGAGAAGCUGUUCGACGCAAAGAACAUCCACCAAACCUUCCAGCUCGUGUUCAACAUCAUCGUUAACGGUGACGGCACUCUGACCAGAAAAUACUCGGUUGACCUUUUGGUCGAUUUGUUGAAGAAUCCUAAAAUAGCCGACUUCCUCACCAGGUAUCAGCACUUCUCAGCAUGUGUGUCUCAGGUUUUGGGACUGUUGCAGUCAAAAGACCCAGACUCUGCAGCCAAGGUUCUGGAGCUCCUGCUGGCCAUGUGCAGCGUCUCAGGUCUGCGCUCACUCCUGUGCGACGUGGUUUUCAAACCGGCUGCCGCGAAACUCAGUGCAGCAGGACGAAGGCUUGGGGCAGGGGCAGAUGCAGCUCGAGGCAAGGAAGACUCCGCACUCGCUCUGGUGCAGUGGCUGAGUUCGCCCGUGGAGGGCGCCGAGUCCUGCUCUCUCCAGGCCCUGAGUCUGCUGCACGAGCUGCUGAAGGGGACUCUGGGAACAGACGAUGUUCCCGAGCGUGUGGUGAGCUUCGUGGAGAUGCUGCUCCCGGUCCUGAUGGAGCUGCUGAAGGGCCUCGAGCCGUCAAAGGGAGACGCUCACCUGAGGAAACACUGCCUCCGCAUCACACACGUCACCAGUUUGCUGCUCAUCCUCUGCAACGGCGACUCCACCAGAUCCAUCGUGUCCCGUCAGGUCAGCGCUCAGCUCUGCCUCUCACAGGCCGAGUCCCUGCUCUGCUGUUGCUGUAGCAACAGUCCUCUCACGUGUGUCCCGCCCGGAUCUGACAACGAUUUCAGUCAGGUGUGUGCAGAAGCUCUGCUGAAAACUCUGGAGUUAAUGAGCAAACUGAGGCAGCAGGUGAAAAACAUGGAGACCAGCUUCUACAGGAUAUUACAGGAUCAGAGGAUCGUGACUCCUCUGUCUCUGUCUCUGACGUCUCACAACAGAGAGCGAGUCCAGACCGGACUCUCUCUGCUGUUUGAAGCGACUCCUCUACCAGACUUCCCGUCAUUAGUUCUGGGUGAAAGCAUUGCCGCCAACAACUCGUACCGCCUGAGGGAGGCGGAGCUGUCGGUCAAACGUGUUGCCGUGGUGCAGGAAGUCCCGCCUCCCAGGACAAACACCAGCCAACUGGACUCUUCCACUUCCUCCAGCAGGGGAGUCCACAGUCUGGUGGAGAGGAUACAGAAUGGACUGGAGCUUCAGGAGCAGGUGAAGGACUCGCACGUCUCUGAGAUCAUCGACGUUUAUGCGCAGAAGCUCUCUGCGUUUGCGGCUCAGGAGCGCCGCCUGCAGGACUUAUUGGAGGCGAAGGCCGCGGCGCUCUCUCAGUCCGACCGUCUCAUCGCUCAGUUUCGCGUCCAGCGAGCUCAAGCCGAGGCCGAGGCUCAUAAGCUCGGUUCCCUGCUGAAGGAGGCCGAGCGCCGGCGCGAGGACCUGCGGGUGGAGCUCAGUGGUCAGGCUCUGGAGGUGGAGCGCUCCAAGGUGGAGAUGGAGGAGCUGCUGCAGCACAAUGCCAGGCUGCAGCAGGACUCUGAGGAGCACCAGUCCCUCAAGGGAAGCUACAACACCCUGCUCAACAGGAUGACAUUAGAGUUGGAAGAGAAGGAGGAGGAGAUCAGAUCUCUUCAGUCAGAUCUACAACAGAAAAACAGUGACAUCACAGGUCUGCGAGGUGAGCUGCACGCUGAGGAGCAGAAGGGGAAGGAGAAGGACCGAGAGAGGAGUGAGCUGGAGGAGACGGUGGACGUCCUGAGGAAAGAGCUGAACAGGACGGAGCAGGCCAGGAAGGACGCAAGCAUCAAGGCGUCGUCUCUGGAGCUGCAGAAGAGUCAGCUGGAGACCAAGCUGAAGCAGAGGGAGGACGAGCUGAGCAAACACUCGUCUAUGAUCGCCAUGAUCCACAGCCUCAGCAGCGGCAAAAUGAAGAGCGACGUCAACCUGUCGCUGUGAGGAGCCGCGGCCGCACGGCCAUGCAGAUGAGUGAGGGAGGGGAACAUUUUAUAAAAAAAAAAACACACGUAAUGAACUGUUAUCUUAAGUAUUUUAAACCCUUUUUACUUAAUAAAACAUGUGAAGAACUGCAGUCAAGUCAGAUUAAAAA